GUGAAGAUAAGGCGGUGUUUUGCUAGGUCUUCAGGCACUAUAGCGAUCUCUAAAGGUACAUACAAAAAGACUUCAGACAAAGAUGCAACUAAACAACGGAACUUUCCUCAUCACCAAUAAGUUGUAUAACCAUGCGAAACUGGCGAUGUGGGGAACUGAUCCCAGAGAUAUGGGGACUACUGAAGAGAAGGCAGAUAAAGAUCAGUUAUGGCAACUGAAAGAAGAACCAAAACAUCCCGGAUAUUAUUACAUCUGCAAUUUGAAAUAUGUUACAUUUCGACUGGCCAAGUGGAGACCUGGAAUUGAAGACGUUGGUUCGUAUACUGGCCCUCAUCAUGACAAUCAGUUGUGGAGAUUUGAAGAUACCGGUGACGGUUUCUAUCGAAUAUACAAUUUUAUCUACAACGAGGCAAGACUAAGAAAAUGGGGAAAAGAAAAUGACGAAUGGGGCACUGGUGAAGGCCGUGCUCAAGAUGAUGAAUCAUGGAAACUGGUACCUAGGUUCAGAGCAGACGUCAAAACUGCUACAAUAUGGAGCGUAGACAACAGACGAGGAUCAGAAUCUUUGUCAGGAAAAGUAUCCGUAACCACUGGCCUCGAGUUUUCAUCUUACUCGUCUAUUUCAACCACAGUUGGUUUGGAACAAUCUUUAUAG